AUGUUUUGUGCAGAUGGAAAAGUACUAAUGCUAUUGGAAUCACAACAUGUAGUAUCUCGUGAUACGAAUAAAAAAGACAGCGCUCCGGUAGAUAGUCGUGUGACUCUUCCACCAACCAAUCAGUGGGUGUCUUCGCCAGUUUACGAUCAACCACUGUUUACGUCAUCUUUGGAAGGGGCCAAGCGUCGUUGCAAGAAAUUUGGAAGAUUUUGGACGAAGAAGAAAGUUUCCGUAGUCCAACUCCCGGGAGAGUUCGCCCCAGCUCUCCUCAGCGUCUUAAAGCCACAAGGGAUCAGGACCCUGAUCAUAUUCCAGCGCGGGACUCUCCCGAGCGUGAUUAGUUCGCCCUAA